GGCCGCGCCAUUUAAAAAUUUGUCGCCAGAUAAAUUUUUUGGUUAUAAGUCAAAUUUAUUACAAAAGACAACAGGAUUGUAGUUACAUAUUUUUCAAUAACAUUCUGAUGACAGUAAUAAUAAUUAUUAUUAAAAAUAGCGCUGAAAAAAUAUGAACUAAUAUGUUGGCGUAAUGUGACAGCAUUUAAUUUAAAAUGGACACUGAUCAUGAUUCUGAUCAAUCAGAAGAUUUAUUUGGAGAUGAUGAGAAUUAUUUGUCAGUACGAGGCUCGAGUAUUCAAUCUCCAGAGAUCGAUGCCUCUUUUAAAUCAUUACCGCUCUCUCAAGCAUGUGGUUGUUCUCCAUCUCCAUACAAACAACCAGAUUUCACUGCACCGGAAUGUCCUACAACACCGUGCAGCCUUGGUCCGCAUCUUACAAAAGCACCAAUUUGGACAGCUGACCUCGAAACUCCGGAAGCGAACAAAGGUAGAAUGUUGCCAGUAGAAAGUCCAUGUAAUAUUAACCAGGAAAACAUAAGUUACAAUGCUCUGAGACUCACACCAACGGAUUUUAAUAUCGAGGAUGUGAUUCCUGUGUCACCUGUUGUUCCGAGAGCUAAAAAGAAACGUCUGAGUCGUCGGAUAUUGAGCAACAUCUCUAACGCUACGUCACAAAGCAGCCAUUUUAAGAAUGAGUACUCUAAUAUUGUGAAUUCAACUGUCUACUUAAGUCCUAUUGCUGAGAAGUCGAUGGAAGAGAGGCUGGAUGACAGUAAUAGGAGUUUCAGUUCAAAUCCAAGCUCCAGUACCAGUGGAAUCAGAUCUUCUGGUUCGAUGUCACCCGUUGAACGUUUCAGAAUGCUGAAAGAAUUGAAAGCAUCAAAAAUUUCGCGGUUAAAUCAAAAUGACAUAAUCCAGAUACCAGACACUGAGUUCUUCAAGGACUACGUGGCCAUGGAGACAAACAAAUACUCGUGUCAACCUCAAGGUAAAUUAAAAAAGCCGCGAUUUAAUGAGGAGGGAUUUGUUACUUUUACGCAGCUCGCUAAAGAUGAUAAUGAAGAGCAAGAUGAAGAAGUAGAGCAUCCACAUGAUGAAUCUUAUCAACACGAUCAAGAUAUACCUCUCUCACAAUUUUUCAGAGAAGAUAAUCCAGUAUUUAAUAAUAAAAAUGACGAAUUAAUAAGUACUGAGUGUUCAGACUCGGAUAAAUUAAUAGCUACCGUAAAAACGCCAUUAACAAGUCCCGAUUUUAAAGGAUUUUCGCCAGUUUCACGUCAACGCAGUCAAGUAAUAUUAAAUAAACACAAUGAUCUCGUUAGUGAACAAGCUCAUCAACAUCUUUCGUCGUCGGAAGAUAAUUUAAAAGGCUUUAAUAUUCAUGAAUUAGAUAAAAGUAUAAAAAUUGCUCAGAGGUAUCAAAGGUUUUACGAUAAUUAUCUUGAUAGCAAUUAUCCACUGGGUAAGAAGCUACGGAUAAAAUAUUCCAGUGAGAAUGUAAACCAAGAUAAGUCUAAGUCAUUACUACCUCCACUGAUAAUUAACGUUUGCUCAUUAUUUAAGACAGCUAGUAAUAAAGAUAUUUUAGUUGCUUGGGAAAAUGUGGGAUCGUCAAAACUGUUAUUGUUAUGUGAUGAUGGUCAGCAUGAUAUUGAUUUACUUGUUGAUAAUCAUGAAGAAUCAACCGCAGGGUCUGAUUCGCGUGAAAAGAAAAUUGAGGAUUUGAAAAAUGUAACAGACGAGUUUGAAUCCUUGGAAUUUAAUGUUGAUCUUGAAGAAGCGGUUUCACGAGUUGAAUCUACUGAGUUUGAUAAUUUGAAUAGUGCUAAUUGUAGUGUAGACAAUAAAAAUGAAUGUAGACUUAAUUUAAUGCGUAAUAAUAGUUUUAAACCUGUUGUUACCAAUUUAGAUGUAAAUAGUACUACUAAUGAUAAAAUAAUGUUCAAACAACCGGUGAUUAAAAAUUUGAUAGGUAAACAAAGUACAAAUGUAAAUAAAAGUUGCGUUAGUUUAGCGAAUAGUACAAAUAUUUUUGAUGAAGAUUUACAAUUUGAUGGUAGUUGUGAGGCUGGUGUUGUGGGAUUUCAAACGGGACGUGGGAAAAGUAUUAAAAUAGCUGAUAAUGCAUUGGUGAGAGCUAGAAAUAUAUUAGCAGAUGAUGAAUUAAAUAAAAUAGAUCUAGAAAAAGAGGGUAAAUUAAACGGUCAGCGGAGGAAAGAGUUUAAUGAACCAGUUGCUUCAACGUCGGGAUUUAAAGUGGGUCGGGAUAAAAAUAGUUGGGUUGAAAAAAGUGGUUUAGUUGGUAAAAAUAUUUUUACAAAUAGAAAUUUAAAGGAGAGUGCGAUUACAAAAAAUAUUUUUGAUGAUAAAAAUUUAGAAGACUUGCCGAUGAAUCCGGUGAUGAUGGGAUUUCAAACCGGACGUGGGAAAAAUAUUAAAAUAGAUGAUAACGCUUUGAUGAAAGCGAAAAAUAUAUUGGCUGAUGAUGAAUUGAAUAAAAUAAAUUUAGAAAAACAAGGUAAAUUAAAUGGUCAGCGGAAGAAAGAGUUUAAUGAACCAGUUGCUUCAACAUCUGGAUUUAAAGUGGGUCAGGAUAAAAAUAAUUGUGUUAAAAAAAAUAUUUUUGAUGAUGAAAAUUUAGGAGACUUGCCGAUAAAUCCGAUGGCGAUGGGAUUCCAAACUGGAUCUGGUAAAAAUAUAAAAAUAGCUGAGAGUGCUUUAUCUAGAGCACAAGCAACGUUUGUUAAAGAUCUCGAAGAUGCGGAUUGCGAGAAUAAAAUAUUGGAAAUGAAGAAAGGAAAAAUAAACCAGCGGUUUUCUUAUCCUGGGUCAAGUACUUUUAGAUCUAGAUCUGGAUCUGGAUCUGGAUCUGGAUUUAGUACAGGUUCAGGUACAGGUUUGUUGAUUAAUAAUUCUGUGAGCAUAAAUAAUGCGCGUAAACGCAAAGCUACUGAUGAUGAGACACCAGCAGGCAGAAAACGUCUUUGCGGAGGACUAGAUUUGCAAAAACGUAAACUUUUUAAUGACAUUGAAGAAGAGGAUGAGAGUCUGCUGGAAUCAGCAAUGCUGUUGGAACAGGACCUCGUUGACAGUGAUCGCAAUCUUGUUGGCUCGACGUUGCAAGCUAAAAGAAUAGAUGCCAACGUUAAUUUGAACUCCAGUAUUAUUAUUAAUGACGAAGUGCGUGCGAGUGUUGACGCGCUGCUGAACGAAGACAUUGACUUCGAGGCUGAAGACACCUGGGUCGAGACAGCUAAUUCAGAUAAGCAAAUAUGGAGCGGCGGAUCUGAAGGCUCUUAUCGCAAUCAAGAUCAUCCGAAGCCUGAAAAAAGAUCUAGGUCGUUUCCAGGUUCUGUUGCCAAGUCACCCAAGCACGAUUCUAUUCCCGAAGAACUUUACUUUGAGACGCAAUUCUCGGAAGAAUUUAAUGGUGGCAUCGAAGAGAUUCAUGAGCAACGAAGCGCAGCAGCUUUGGAGCAGGAAAAAAUAAUAAUGUGUAAAAAAAAAAUGAAAGUCAAGCCUACAGUUGGAUCCUUGUUAAAAUUAAAACGCGCUGACAAUAAAAUUUCUUUGGCACAAUACUCCAGUAAUCAUGCACCAGUGCACUGUACAUCUCAAGAACUGCGAGACCGAGGACUGGAUCCAUCCAUAACGUCAAUUAAUUCAACGACCGCAAGUGCUUACAAAUUUAGUAGUGAUUAUUUCGAAGAUUUGAGGACUAAAGUCAGCGUACCAGUUGGUGACGGAGCUGUUCUAGUACCUGAUAAAAAUAACCAAGUAGGUGUUGAUGAAUUUAGUAGGUCAUUUUUAGCCAGUCCAGGUGUUGAUCCAUCGCUACUGCCUCAAGGUUGGUUUAAAAACCAUUACAGGUGGAUUGUAUGGAAGCUUGGGUCAAUGGAUCGUAUUAAAUUAAAUAGCAGGCAUGUAAAUAAAUUUUUAACACCUGAUAUAUUAAUGAGACAGCUUAAGUAUCGUUAUGAUCGAGAGAUUGACAGAUCUGAACGACCAGCUCUGAGGAGAAUAUUAGAAAAAGACGAUCCGCCUUCACGGAGACUAGUUCUUUGUGUUUGCCAAGUAGUUAAAGACACAAUAGAAUUAACCGAUGGCUGGUACUCGGUUCCGGCGAGUGUUGACUCAGCGAUGCAGUCUUAUAUUAACUCAGGUAAACUCCAAGAAGGAACAAAAUUGAUGAUCCAGGGAGCUGAGUUGGUUAAUCUUGAAGAAGGUCGGUAUCCUUUAGAAAUAACUAAAGACGUGCGUUUAAAAAUUCACACAAACUCAACGCGUCGUGCCCGGUGGGACACAAAACUCGGAUAUUACCGCACAUGCGGUCCGCUGCCCGUGACUUUGAGCUCCGUUAAGUCAAACGGUGGUGCUAUUGGUAAAUUAAUAGUCGCUGUAGCGCGAGUCUAUCCAAUUUUAUACCGCGAGAAAACGGCCGACGGACAGUCAAUUGUACGUAACGCAAAGUGUGAAGAGAAAGCAGCGAUAGCUUACGAAACCGAGUGUCAAAAACGCAUUGACGCGAUCUGCUCGACUGCUCGUUCUUUCAGUGAGUCCCAAACUUCAACUUCAAAGUACGAAUUGGAGACUCGUGUGAGAAAUAAUUUACCAGACCGUAGAAAUGUUACGCCGAUACUCAAGGUUAGGAUUGCUGAUAAUGAUUUGUCAGCGAUGAUGACAAUCUGGUCUUGUGACGAAGAAUUUCAAAGUAAUUUGAAAGAAAACAGUUGCAUUGCUAUACGCAACGUGCUGGCAGCAGGACGUAGAGUCAAUGAACUUCAAAUAACAGCCGGUAAAUCAAGUAUCUUCGAACGUGUAGCUACUAAAAUUACCUGUCCCCCACGUGCCUUUACUUCGAUCCAAGAGGUUUCCCAGCGCGGUUUUAAUCCAGUGUACGGUGAAUUUGAUACCGUGGGUAUUGUCGUGUCAACUGGACCAGCACCACACGGGAUGAAGAACUUCGAAACAGUUAAUUUAGCAUUCAAGACUUCUACUGACGAUGACGAUGAUAAUAAUGAAGAUUCUUCGUCAUAUUAUCUGUCGAUCUUAUUCUGGGAAGGAAUCGCAUCUCAUGGAUUCACCGGAAUAGCAACAGUAGGAUCUGCCAUUGCUUGUCUGAAUCUUGAGUGGCGGAAGAGCACGUAUCAAAGUAUACCAACGGCUUUUUGUUCCGAACGCACAUUACUGACACGCAAUCCACGACAGGCUCAUCUGCGACACGCAUUCGACUCACUUAGCGCUAGAAUCCGUGACCCGGUAUCCUAUGCCGCGGAAUGCGCGGCAAUAAUACAACUGGAGGUCGACAAAAAAUCAUCAAACAAGUCUGCAAACCACACACCUAAUGCGGACAGAAGGUGGUCCAAUUGCUGGACUCCCGAGCGUGAUAACAAUCUUAUAAACCCCGAUAGCGUAAACAGAAAUGAUUUACGGAAAUCCGCUAUUUUAAAUAAUCGCGCCGACAAAGUUCGCUGGCAUCUAGCACCCGAGUCUUCUAUUUUACAUAUUUCAAAUUCUCCUAAAACCAACAGCCCAUUUAAUUUAAAUAUCAAUCGUUCCAGGCCAUCAUGAGACCACCAGUUUUAUUAUUAUUGUUGUUACUAUUUGUUAAAUGUAAAUAUUUUAUAAUAAAAUUUUGUUUAUGAGAAUUUA